CGUCAGUUGUUAUCUGUUCGGGGCGCCGCCGCCGCCUCACGAGCCCGGUGCCCAGGAGCCCGGCCGCCUGCCCGCCUGCCGCCCGCCGCGCCCGCCCGGCCCCGCCCGCUCGGCCCGAUCGCCGCGCCGCGCGCAUGGGGCGCGCCCCCGGGGGGGCGGCCGAGGGCCGCUGAGCGCCGGGCCCGCCCCCGCCGAUGCGCCCAAGCGCCCGCGCCGGGGGUCCCAGGCCGCGCCGGGCCCGGGGCUGAGCCGCCCCCCGCGCCCGGCAUGCCCGGCCCGGCCCGCCGCCCGCCGCCGCCCAGGGCCCGAGCCCGCGCGGCGCACACUCAGCCCGGCGGCGCCGCGUAGCCGAGGGAGCCCGCCUGCUGCGAGCCAGGCGCGGGGCGUCAAGGUCACCGGCCCGACGGGGCGCACGCGCCGCCAUGGAGGCCAAGGUCCGCCCGAGCCGGCGCUCGCGCGCGCAGCGGGACCGUGGCCGGCGCCGGGAGGCCGCCCGCGACGCCCGCGCCCAGAGUCCGUCGUCGGGCGACGAGCCCGAGCCCAGCCCCGGCAAGGAGAACGCGGGCCUCCGCGGCGCGCCCCCCCGAGGCGCCGCCCCCGCGCCCCGCGCCGCGCGUCCCCCUCGCCGCCGCCGCCGCGAGUCCAGCUCGCAGGAGGAGGAGGUCAUCGACGGCUUCGCCAUCGCCAGCUUCAGCACUCUGGAGGCCCUGGAGAAGGAUAUGGCCCUGAAGCCACAUGAGCGGAAGGAGAAGUGGGAGCGUCGUCUCAUCAAGAAGCCCCGGGAGUCGGAAACCUGCCCCCCCGCGGAGCCCAGUGAGAACAGGCGGCCCCUGGAGGCAGGCAGCCCCGGGCAGGACCUCGAGCCCGCCUGCGAUGGGGCGAGGAAGGUCCCACUGCAGCCCUCCAAGCAGAUGAAGGUCACCGUGUCCAAAGGGGGCGACCGGGACAGUGAUGACGACAGCGUCCUCGAAGCCACCAGCUCCCGGGACCCGCUCAGCGAUAGCUCUGCGCAUGCGGUCUCGGGGAGAGGCUACUCUUGUGACAGCGAGAGCGGCCCGGACGACAAGGCAUCCGUGGGCUCUGAGAAGCUCUUUGCGCCGGGAACCGAUAAAGGCCCAGCGCUUGAGAAGUCGGAGGCCAAGGCCGGGCCGGUGCCCAAGGUGUCAGGCCUGGAGCGCAGCCGCGAGCUCAGCGCCGAGAGCUUCCUGCCCACUGCCAGCCCCGCGCCCCAUGCCGCGCCCUGCCCGGGGCCCCCGCCCGGCUCCCGCGCCAAUCCCUUGGUGAAGAAGGAGCCCCCCGCCCCGCACCGCCACACCCCGCAGCCGCCACCCCCGCAGCCCCGCGGCCUGCUCCCGACACACGUGCCUGCAUCCCUGGGCGCCUUCGCGGGCCACAGCCAGGUGGCAGCCAACGGCCUGCACGGCCUCAGCAGGAGCAGCAGCGCCCCGCUGGGCCUGGGGAAGCACGUGUCACUGUCGCCACACGGGCCGGGCCCCCACCUGUCUACCUCACACCUGGCGCUCCGGUCCCAGGCGCAGCACCAGCUCCACGCGGCCAUGUUUGCCGCACCCCCGACACUGCCCCCGCCCCCGGCGCUGCCGGCCAGCAGCCUGGUCCUCCCAGGACACCCGGCUGAUCACGAGCUGCUCAGGCAAGAGCUGAACACGCGGUUUCUGGUGCAGAGCGCCGAGCGGCCUGGCGCCUCCCUGGGCCCGGGGGCUCUGCUGCGGGCGGAGUUCCAUCAGCACCAGCACACACACCAGCACACGCACCAACACACACACCAGCACCAACACACAUUCGCCCCCUUCCCCGCAGGGCUGCCCCCGACGCCGCCCGCCGCACCCCCGCCGUUUGACAAGUAUGCGCCCAAGCUGGACAGCCCCUACUUCCGACAUUCCAGCGUGAGUUUCUUCCCGUCCUUCCCUCCUGCCAUCCCGGGACUGCCCACCCUGCUCCCACACCCCGGCCCCUUCGGGUCCCUGCAGGGCGCUUUUCAGCCUAAGACUUCAAGCCCCAUUGAGGUGGCCCGCCGGGCUGGUGCGGUUCACACACUCCUGCAGAAAGCGCCUGGGGUGUCUGACCCGUACCGGGCGGUGGUCAAGAAGCCGGGGAGGUGGUGUGCCGUGCACGUGCAGAUCGCCUGGCAGAUCUACCGCCACCAGCAGAAGAUAAAGGAGAUGCAGCUGGACCCCCACAAGCUGGAGGUGGGUGCGAAGCUGGACCUGUUUGGCAGACCCCCCGCCCCGGGCGUGUUUGCAGGUUUCCACUACCCACAGGACCUGGCCCGGCCCCUCUUCCCCAGCACAGGUGCCGCCCAUCCUGCCUCCAACCCAUUUGGACCCUCAGCCCAUCCUGGCAGCUUCCUGCCCGCUGGCCCCCUGACAGACCCUUUCAGCAGACCGAGCACCUUUGGGGGCCUGGGCAGCCUGAGCAGCCACGCCUUUGGGGGCCUGGGCAGCCAUGCACUGGCUCCCGGUGGCAGCAUCUUUGCCCCCAAGGAGGGCUCCUCCGUGCACGGCCUGCCCAGCCCCCACGAGGCCUGGAACCGACUGCACCGGGCGCCGCCCUCCUUCCCGGCUCCGCCCCCGUGGCCCAAGUCCGUGGACGCGGAGCGGGUGUCAGCCCUGACCAACCAUGACCGAGAGCCGGACCAUGGCAAGGAGGAGCAGGAACGGGACCUCCUGGAGAAGACGCGCCUGCUGAGCCGGGCCUCGCCCGCCACCCCCGCUGGCCACCCCGUCAGCGGCCUCUUGCUCCGGGCCCAGAGCGAGCUGGGCCGGCCCGGGGCCCCCGCGGAGCGUGAGGCCGAACCUCGGGUCAAGGAGAGCCGCUCCCCGGCCAAGGAGGAGGCCGCCAAGAUGCCCGCGCGCGCAUCCCCGCCCCACAGCAAGGCGGCCCCUGGAGACGUGAAGGUCAAGGAGGAGCGCGGGGAGGACGAGGCCUCCGAGCCCCCGGGGGGCGGCCUGCACCCCGCGCCCCUGCAGCUCGGCCUGGGCCGCGAGCGCCUGGGCGCGCCGGGCUUCGCGUGGGAGCCUUUCCGCGGCCUGGAGCUGCCACGUCGCGCCUUCCCCGCCGCCGCCCCCGCCCCCGUCCCGGGCUCCGCCGCCCUCUUGGAGCCCCCGGAGCGCCCCUACCGCGACCGCGAGCCCCACGGCUACAGCCCCGAGCGCCUGCGGGGGGAGCUGGAGCGCGCGCGGGCCCCACACCUGCCGCCCGCCGCCCCCGCCUUGGAUGGCGCGCUGCUGCCCUCGCUGGGAGCCCUGCACUUCCCGCGCCUCGCGCCCGCCGCGCUGCACAAUGGGCUCCUGGCGCGGACCCCGCCCGCCGCCGCCGCCCUUGGCGCACCGCCCCCCCUGGUGACCGCGGCCGGGCCCCCCACGCCCCCCGGGCCGCCGCGGAGCCGGACUACUCCGCUGGGGGGCCUCGGGCCGGGCGAGGCGCGCGACUACUCCCCGUCCCGAAAUCCCCCGGAGGUGGAGGCGCGGUAGCCCCGGGGCCGCAGACGCCUCUCCGAGCGGAGCGCACCGCUGUCCGUUUCUCCAUCAGUUCCUAGAACUCAAGCACAGCUCCCGCCGAUCCUGGGGCGGCGCCGCCUCUCCACCCGCAGCCUGCGGAGGCGGGGACUUGGGUGUCGGCUUUUCUGAGGGUGAUCUUUUGUUUUCCGAGUUUGGGAUUCGGCUGUUGGGGAAAAAAAAAUCGCGUUUGUACCUUUUCCCCCCACAGAUGAGAAGUGUUUGUAAUGGAUUUGUAUUUUUCUUAAUUUUAUGCUCUUUAGACGUUUAAAAGAACCAAAAAAGAAACUUUUGCUUCUUCGUUUUUGGUUGGGAUUUGCAGUUUAAUGGCCUCAGAUCCUUCUCCAGAUCCCCAGGGUUUCUUUGUCUUAUUUAUGGAGAAAAACCGGUCACUUUGUCCAGCGCACUGUGAGGCCCCCACUCAGGCCAGCCCUGGCCCCCCCUUGGUACUUGGAACCGAAGUUACAGAUCUAUAUUAAAAUAAUAAUAAUGUACAAAA